UCGAUCUCUUGUACAACUCAGAGACUUUUCUUUCUUUCUUUCUUGUUUCUUGUAUCGAUCUCUUGUAUAAUAAUAUUGAAAUCAAAAUGUUAUAGAAUUUACUAAUACUCUUGUGUUGUGCGUGCGUGCCUGGUGGCGGCGAGAGGCCAAAUCAACAAAAUAUCCGCCGGCCCAAUCUUUGUUUCUUCUGCUUCUUCUUCUUCUUGUUCCAUUCAUCAGUUGGCUCCUCAUCGGUUGGUUCUCUUGAGCUGCUGCUUUACUUUCUUCCUCUGCACUAUCUUGAAGCUUCUCCUCAAUCAAAUCAAAUCAAAUCAAAUCAAAUCUCUCCAUAUCUUAAUCCUAUCUAGCAAGAAUUCAACUCCAUCCAUCCUCCUCCUCACUUGUCAUCUCUCUCUCUCUCACAAUCAAAAGAAAAAGAAAAAGACAAUCAAAAGAGGAGAGGGCAAUCCAACCAUCUGUCCGUCUCUCGGACUCUGAGUUAGCCGCCGCACGCACGUACGAUUAGUAGUAGGCCUCCUAGGAGGGCUAGCUAACAAGCAAAUCCUAACCAAAUGGGAAGAUCAAGCACCCUAGCUACUGCAAGUGGAUUAUUUAUCAGCAUCUUUUUGGCUUCGUCCAGUCUUUAUCUGAACAUCUAGCUCUACGAAAAAGAAGCAACAUUAUACUUACUGGUUCAAUCAGAGGGUGAAAAAAGUUAUCUUCAGUUGCGAUACUGCAAACAGAGCAUCAUACGGCACCUGUUAUUUCAUAUAUAUCCUCCAAGUCUGCCCGUCCGUCUGUCGAAACAUGGUUGCAGGUGGUGGCACUCACAAGAGGCCUGCUGCUGACAUAAUGCACCAAGAGGAGCCUGCAAACACAGAUGCAAAAAAUGAUCAUCACAUAGCCAUCUAUUUCAUCGACUCACCCCAACAAACUCAAAGACAAGUCCUGGGUGACAAGACCAAUGGCCAGGAGGAUUACUCCUUUCAGCACCACCUGCAAACACCAAGCUCGCCGCCCUGCUACUCCACCGACCACAUGCUCCGCGCUGCUGCUGACCAAAGACACUACAAUACCAACAAUGGCUCCCCUUCUUCUUCUUCUUCUUCUUCUUCUUCUUCUUCUUCUUCUUCUUCUUCUUCUUCUUCUUCUUCUUCUUCUUCUUCUUCUUCUUCUUCUUCUUCUUCUUCUUCUUCGCAGCAGCAGCAGCAGCAGCAGCAUGAACACUCUUCCCGCCCACCACGAAGAAGACAGUCCAGAACAAGGCGACGCUUGGCGGCAGCGGUGCCGUUCGUGAGGAAGAUCAAGUGGGGACCACUGUGGGAUAAGUCCAAGGAGUGGAUCAAGAACCCCAUGAACAUGGCCCUCUUCGUGUGGAUCGUCGCCGUCGGCGUCUCUGGCGCCAUCCUCUUCAUGGUGAUGACCGGGAUGCUCAACGCCGUCCUGCGGACCAAGUCGCACAAGGACACGUGGUUCGAGGUCAACAACCAGAUAUUGAAUGCAUUGUUCACCCUCAUGUGCCUCUACAACCAUCCCAGAAGGUUCUACCACCUGGCGCUGCUGUGCCGGUGGCGGGCCGGCGACAUGGCCGCGCUCCGGGAGGUCUACUGCAAGGGCGGCACCGUCAAGCCCAACGAGAGGAGGCACAUGAUGGUUGUGAUCCUGCUGCUCCACCUCAACUGCUUGGCGCAGUACGCGCUCUGCGGCCUCAACCUUGGGCUCUCCAGGACCCGCCGGCCUCCCGUGGGCGUCGGCCUCACCGUGUCAGUCGCCAUCUGCGCGCCCGCCGUCGCCAGCAUGUACAACAACCUCAGCCCCCUGGGCAAAGACUACGAGGUCCAGGCCGCCGACGACGAGGAGCAGGAGUCUUCUUCUUCGGGCUCGCGGCAGCGGCUCCAGCACAAGACCGUGGAGAGGAGGUACUCCUUCUCCCCCUCUCCGCCGCAGCGACAAGGACUAGAAAUGGCCGCUGUUGUCGUCGCCGUCGGCGCGGAAGAAGAUGGUAUGUUAUCGCCGGAGUGGUCCGGCGGGCUGGUGGCGGACCUGUGGGAGGACAUCUCGCUGGCGUACCUGUCCCUGUUCUGCAGCUGCUGCGUGUUCGGGUGGAACGCGGGGCGUCUGGGGUUCGGCAACGCGUACGUGCACGCGGCGACCUUCAUCCUGCUGUGCCUGGCGCCCUUCUUCAUCUUCACCCUGGCGGCCAUCAACAUCGACAACGAGGCGGCCAGGCUGGCGCUCAGCCUUGGCGGCACCCUGCUCUGCGUCCUUGGCCUGCUGUACGGCGGGUUCUGGAGGAUCCAGAUGCGCCGGAGGUUUGGGCUCCCCGGCAGUGGGUUCUGUUGCGGCAGGCCGGACGUGACGGACUGCUUCCAGUGGCUCUUCUGCUGCCCCUGCUCCCUCGCCCAGGAGGUCAGGACCGCCGACGCCUACGACAUUGUGCAGCACAGGAUGGUGUCUCGCCGCCGACCCGGAGACGGCGACGACCAAGAAGAAGAUGCCAGCAGUAGCUCCCGGGUCCAGAUGCAGCAGCCACUGAGGUUUGCAGGCGUUUUCGCUUCAGAUGGUGGGGUGACCAACACCAACACCAUAGUUUUAAAUAGCGCGCUAAGCAUCUUAGCGGCGGACCUCUUUCAAAUGCUAUAGCGUGCUAUAGCGGAGCUAUAGCGCGCUAUUUAGAAUGUUUGUUAAUUUGUUUGGAUCAAAGUCUCUUAGCGCAAGACCUUUUAUAAACGCUAUAGCGUGCUAUAGCGGAGCUAUAGCGGGCUAUUUAAAACAGUGACCAACACCAACACCAAUUCAGAUACGAGUACGAGUACAAUACCCCCUGCUGUCCCUGUUGGCAUACUGAAACAGUAGGUAAGAUGUAUGCAUGGUUAGAUCAGUAGGCUUAAUUGUACAUCUUUUUUCACAGCAAUCCAUUGUACGUACACCAAUCUAGCAUUCUAUAGCAGGCUUAAUUAGUAUUCUAUAGUAGUUAUGAAUUAUGAUCCACUUCUCCCUGCUGAAUUUUGAGAAAUGAUGAAAAUUUACUUCUUCUUAUUUGCAUUGUUGCACAUGUCAACAAGUGAGCACACAUGGAGAUGCAGUUUGUUAGCAGAGCAUCAGAAAACGAAUAUGUCUAUGCCCAACUGGUUAGACGCACAACUCCAAUCCCUGUCGUUGCUACUUUAAGUGGAUGUGUGCCCUUGCAUGUGUAUGGUACUUCUCCCUCUCUCUUCCACUGCACACACUGACACAUGCAUGUCUUACAUCAACACAUGCAUGCCUACUUUAUCUUCCCUCUGUCCUCUAACUCCAUCACUUUUUUUUUUGACAAUUUAUAUGGCUCAUAUCUUUAAAACCAACAUUGCAUUUUUGAUCUUUUUAACAUAUUUGAACUCGUGACGCCAAGCC